AUGGUAUUCGGGAGAAUUAACUCACCCUCGAUAGAUGAACUGAUCACACUGCACAGGUUGCGCUGGCUUGGCCACGUGUUGAGUAUGCCAGUCGACCGACUUCCUCGAAAAGCUCUUUUCGCACAACCACGUGGAGGGUGGAAUAGAGCCAGAGGCGGUCAAACAAUGACUUGGCAGCGAAAGUGCUACUUUCAUUCAGCAAAUUGCAUGAACAAGUCACUGUUUUCUAGUCCAAUUUGGGUUCAGGUAGAACAUAAGGUUGACGGAAACUGGGGGGACUGUGCCUAUCUGAUGAGCCCCAAGAAGGGCGAAACCGGUCGUGGGCUGUCGAAUAGUUUUCAGCAACCUUGUGAGUAG